CAUUGCUAAAAACCUUUUCUCAUAUUAAACAAACAUCUCACAAAGAAACUCCCAAUCCUCAAUUCCUCACCUUAAAUUCUUGUCCAAACCCAAACCUUAGUCCUUUCAAAUUCCUUUCUAGCUACAACGUUAAUGUCUUUCAACAUCAACAAGAAGAAAAAGUUCUUCAGAACACUCUUUUCAUCUAACAAAAGUUGCGGUUGCCUCAAAAUAAAACCCUCUAAUGUCCUUGAGCCCUCCCUAAAACCUAAAAUCUCUAUCUACCAAAAUCAAAACAAAAACCCUAGUGGCGCCACUUCCUCCGCCUCCACCGCCGACGAUGAUGAUAAAGUUUUGGCUUCCAGUCCGGUCUGUGAAGCCAAAACUACUCAUCACAACAACAAUACAAUUUUAAAUUCAGGUACAAAACUCGUCGAUAGCAUUGCCAUUGAGAAAGAGUCUGAGGAUCCAUACUAUGAUUUCCGAAACUCGAUACUUCAAAUGAUAUUGGAGAGAAAGAUCUACGCGGAGAAAGAUCUUGAAGAGCUUCUUGAAUGUUUUCUUCAGCUUAAUGCGAAGUGUCACCACCAAGUCAUUGUUGAAGCGUUCAUGGAGAUAUGUGAAGAAAUAUUCCCUAAGAAGCUUCAAGGUGAAGGUGAAGAGUCUCAAAGGAAUAAUCAAAUUACUGGAAAGAGUUAGGUGAGUGAAUGUUGCAAUAAUUCUAGGUUUGACAUUGAUGAGCAUACACGUGUGAAUGGCAUGUGAAGGCAUUGAAGUCACACGUGGGAAGAUGAAUGUUGCAUGAGAAAUUUGCGGUUUCAAAUUGAUGUGGUUAUUUAGUUAGUUAUUCUCAUCUAUUAUUGUGGGGUAAGGGUUGGAAGGAGCUGAAGCACCGUUUAAAAUUUAUUGAGAGGAGAUGUAUAUUUUCUUUUAGAUAUUUGAUUAAUUUUACUGUAUAAUUAUAGUGAUUCAUUAGUUAUGAAUAUUUAUGACAUGAUAAUUUGUUAUUCUAA